AUGGUGAACGUCACCAAUGCCAACGGCAUCACCGGCGCCAACUUCGACGUGUUCGGCACUAAUCGCGUUCUUCCUCGGGCAAUGACAGCUUUCACAGCCAUCGCGUGGUACAACUCGAUUGAGCUCAUCAUCCUUAUCUUCGUCGUAUUCAGACGGUACACUGGUCUAUACUUCUGGAGUUUGAUAGUCAACACACUCAGCAUUGUGCCGUAUGCGACAGGUACGCUUAAGCUUCUAGAGUUGCAGUGGUCAUGGCUAACUGAGUCUCCAGGGGCGUGGAUGAAACAAAACAGCGUUGCGCAUGACCCUCGCCUUUACAAUACGCUCCUUACGCUCGGAUGGAUAUUGAUGGUACCCGGACAAUCCAUGGUUCUGUACUCGCGCCUACACCUGAUAUCGCCGAACCUCAGGCUUCUGCGAUUCAUCUUUUGGGUCAUCAUUGUUUCAGCAGUAUGCCUUUGCGUGCCGACCGUAGUCUUGAAUCUAAGGUUAUUCACCACUCACCCCGAGCGAUACCUCCGCGGCUACAUGGUCAUGGAGAAAAUACAAAUGACUCUCUUCACCAUACAGGAGAUCUCGAUAUCCUGCGUCUACCUAUGGGAAACCCGCAAGCUGAUGCGCGUUAUUUUCGACGGAAAGGCCAGGAAGUGGAUGUGGCAGCUCGUCGCAAUGAGCAUACUCCUGCUAAUACUGGAUAUUGCGCUACUCACGACGGAAUUCUUGAACCUUUACAUGAUACAGACGACCUUCAAAUCACUUGUUUACAGCUUCAAGCUCAAGAUUGAGUUCGCAGUACUCAGUCAAAUUGUUCGCGUCAUCCAAGAUCGUGCGCACUCUACCAACUCCCAGUCAGGUUUCAGAGGUAGAGAGCUUGCAACAUAA